UUCAGUUGUCCGCUGAUGAUACAAGUGAAAAAACUGCAUUGGUAUAUGAAGUAGUGUUACCUUUGCCGUUAAAUAAAAAUAUAUUCGCCAUUUGUCUCAAAGACGCCGGCGAUGGUAGUGUGUGGGUACACCAAGGCAUGGAGCCUUGGAACUCUGUGAAGUCGACCAAUCCACCGGAACCUUUCCUACCUAUUUGGGCUCACCUGCUACUGCUCGUUCUCUUACUGUGUAUGUCUGGUCUGUUCAGUGGUCUUAAUUUAGGUCUCAUGGCAUUAGACCCAACGGAACUUAAAAUUGUUGUUAAUUGUGGCACUCCGAAAGAAAAACGAUACGCCAAAGCCAUAUCACCCAUACGAAAACAUGGCAAUUAUUUACUAUGUUCCCUUCUGCUAGGCAAUGUCUUGGUGAACAGUUCUAUUGCUAUUUUAUUAGAUGACUUGUCAUCUGGUAUAUGGGCUCUACUUGGUUCAACCAUUGGUAUUGUAAUCUUUGGUGAAAUUGUCCCCCAGUCCAUUUGUUCACGUCAUGGUCUGGCUGUAGGUGCCAGGACGGUGUUUCUAACAAAAUUAUUCAUGAUUUUAACUUUUCCACUAUCCUUUCCAAUAAGCAAACUUCUUGACUGUAUUUUGGGUCAAGAAAUAGGAACAGUGUAUAACAAAGAACGCUUGUUAGAGUUAUUGAGAGUGACAGCACAGUAUGCUGAUUUCGAAAAAGGCGAAGUGGAUAUAAUAUCUGGGGCACUGGAAUUGAAAUCUAAAUGUGUGUCUGAAGUGAUGACAUCCAUCGAUGAUUGCUACAUGAUAGACUACAGUGCGGUGCUGGAUUUUAACACCAUGUCUGACAUAAUGAGCAAAGGAUUCACCCGAAUACCCGUUUAUAUGGGAGAGCGUUCCAAUAUCGUAGCAUUGUUGUUUGUCAAAGAUUUGGCUUUUGUGGAUCCUGAUGACUGUACUCCUCUGAAAACUGUGUGUAAAUUCUAUAACCAUCCUAUUAAUUUUGUCUUUGGAGAUACUACCUUAGAUGUCAUGUUAGAAGAAUUCAAAAAAGGUCAGUGUCACAUGGCCUUUGUGAAUCGUGUAAAUAGUGAAGGUGAUGGAGAUCCUUUCUACGAAGUACUCGGUAUUGUUACAUUGGAAGAUGUUAUAGAAGAAAUCAUCAAAUCGGAAAUUGUAGAUGAAACUGAUAUCUACUUGGACAAUAAGAGUAAAAAGCGUAUCGCCAAGAGUGCAGUCCAUGACUUCUCCAUAUUCCAACCACCGGUGGAGCAAAACAAGCCGAAAAUAUCACCACAACUGACCCUUGCUGUGUUUCAGUUCUUGUCUUCAGCAAUUGAAGCUUUUAAAGCAGAUUUAAUCUCUGAGAAUAUUUUACGGCGUCUACUUACACAAGAUGUGAUCGUAGAAGUCAAAUAUGACUCUUUCAAGGAGGAAAUUGAGAAAACCAGCAAACAUCAACCAUCACAGUAUCUGUACCAGAAAGGAAAACCUGUGGAUUAUUUUGUGUUAAUAUUAACUGGCAAAGUAGAAGUGAAUGUUGGUAAAGAACAACUCAUAUUCGAACAAGGACCUUUUUCCCAUUUUGGUCAACAAGCUCUCCAUGCUCAAGGUAUUCAGUCGAUAUCAAGUCGUGGCAGCCUUCAAAGUAUCCAAAGCAAUCCAGGAAGUGCUCCUAGUGUGCAUUAUGUACCUGAUUAUUCUGUCUUGAUCAAGUCUGAUAUGCAGUAUCUGAAGAUACGUAAAAAUAUGUAUCUAGCAGCGAGACGGGCUACACAGAUGGAACAUCAGCUCAGUCAUAAUACCAGCACCGCUAACCAUGGACACUAUGCUGAGGACUUCUUUACUAAAGAAUGGAAUAGAGCUUUAGAUGGCGGGUCACAGACAACUUUGAAUGUUGAUUGUGGAGAUACCGCUAGUCACGUAUCGGAGUUGAACACAUUGAACACCAACGACGCUGAACAGCAGCAGGCGUUGUUGCCAGACGCUGCUACUUUACCAAAUCAACAGGAAGGCAGCAUAUGACAGUAACUACAAGGUCAACAUGGUGAAGUCUCCCUCUCUACUUGUAAAAAGAGAUUCCUAAUUAUUAAAAGCUAACAUAUGUAUAUAUAUGCACAUCUAACUUUUCAGUAUACCUCAUAGAAGUGAAUCUAUGUAUGUACAUAUAUACAUAACACAAAAUAAACGAUUUUGUCGCUCACUGCGAGAUCCUGCAUUAUGCGUGAAAUCAAACAGGACAAACACAGGUCAUAGCAUCUUAGUUGUGUCAAAACAUUGCGUAGGUUUCUACAAAAGAGAAACUAUUUUACGAGUCUUGUCAUGCUUAAUAAUGUGCUACACACUU